GUGCUGCUGGCUGGGGCCCCUGGGGCGGGGACCAGCACUGAGGAGACUCAUGUCUCAUUCAGAGCAGCUCUGCAGAGCAGAUCGACAAGGACCAUGGCGGGCUCACCAGACCAGGAGGGUUUCUUCAACCUGCUGAGCCACGUUCAGGGUGGUCGGAUGGAGGAGCAGCGCUGUUCACUUCGGGCCGGACCGGGCCAGACCCCUGAGAGCCAGGGUGACCCUACACCCGAGAUGGACAGUCUCAUGGACAUGCUGGAGAGCACCCAGGGCCGCCGAAUGGAUGAUCAGCGUGUGACAGUCAGCACCCUGCCUGGCUUCCAGCCCAUUGGCCCCAAGGACGGAGUGCAGAAACGAGCUGGGACCCUCAGCCCUCAACCCCUGCUCGCCCCUCAGGACCCCAGUGCGCUCAGCUUCCGCAGGAACAGCAGUCCCCAGCCCCAGACACAAGCACCCUAAGGGCCCAAACUGUCCUGGGCCCCACUGGGCCCCUGAAAGCAGACAAUAAAACACUUGCACGAGCAACAAGGAACUGAGUAUGUGUU